AUGUUUGUUCCCGACCAGAACCAGCUGUAUGCGCUGUACAUGUUCCGCUGCGGGGAGCUGCGGGUGGGGAAGCCGAAUAGGGAGAUGCUCGCACUGCUAGCGGAGGACGACAGGGCGUGUCUGUCCCGUCUGAAGGCCGAGGCGCGUGUGCGGGGCGUGUCUGUCGACGACCUGCGGGCGAUCGAAGACGACACAGCGGAGUUGCGGCAGAGGCGGGAGGCGACGGUGCCGCUCGCCAUGCGCCGCGUGUUGCGCCUCACCCCUGUCGUUGGUGCCGUGGACGCGCGGGUGCAUGUGGGGGCGCGUGGGGCACUGGCGAUUGUCGAUGUGGCGCGCGAGCUGCCGUUUCUGGAGGUCCUCGACCUCUCCAACCUCACCUCGCUCUUCCUCGCCGAUCCCUACCAGUGCGAGGGCGUCACGGGGAACGACGUCGUCGCGGCAGCGUGCCGCAUGGCUGCCACGCACCCGUCGCUUCGCGUCGUUGAUGUGACGGGGCAGCCCAUCGGCACCGUCGCCGCCCACCACUUCCUGGAGCUCCUGCGGCGUAACCGACGCAUUGAGGGGGUGCAGUUCGAUCGAGACGCUGUCGACCAUCGACUGGUGGCGGCCAUUGAUAGGGAGAUGCAGCACAACGCCGCGGUGCCGCGUGCUCCUCCGGCGCUGCCCCGCACCCCGGCCGACAGCAUCAAGCGACUUCCCAUCCAUGACAGGAAGACCGUGCAGGAGCAGCAGCUCCUCCGGCGGCUUGUAGAAACCGAGGUGGGUUUGGGCGACGUCAUGUCUUCGGCCGAGAUCAGUGAGGCGGUACUGUACGCCCGCACCAUGUCGACAACGGAGGUCGUCACGCGUUCUAGAGGUCUGCGCGGGGAUGGGGUGCAUCUCUUCCUCCUGAAGUCCGGCGCGUUGCGCGCGAAGGCCGACCCGCGCGGGUUUGAGCUAAAGCGUGGCGACUACUUUGGGGAAACGUACGACGAUGUGUUAUUUGGUCAGGGUCUGUUGGAGGAGGCGGUGCGGGGGGUUGCGUACUGCGUGCCGCUCGAGCACUGUCGCCCCCUCUGCGAGGCCUGGGCGGCACGGGUGGAGGCGUAUUACCCGCUGCUACGCAGCAGCGCGUUGCUGCAGGCUUUGGACGUUUGGACGCGGCUUCGGAUGUGCUGCUGUGCCGCGCAGCGUGUUUUUCUCCGCGGUGAGGUGGCGAUCUCGCCAGGCGACCCUUUCAAGGGCUUUUUUUUUGUGACGGCAGGCACCUUUGGGGUGCGUGGCCCCGCCGCACAAGCCACCAGGACGCAGGAAUUUACGGUUGGCGACGUCUUUGGCGAAGAGGCGCUUGUGGCGCGUCGCCAGUGCAGUUCGGUGGCAAUCGUCACGGGGGACGCGGCGGAGACGAGCUGCUGUCUGGUCGUCACGGGGUGCGCCGCGCGCGUGCUGCGAAGCCAUUUGUUGCCCGUGCUGACCACACUCGCUGCCGCAUACUCGCAGCACGAGGAUCUGCUCCCCGUGCGGAAGUGA